AUGCACACAACUCACGCGAACCUGUUUAGGCCAAUAGGAGGAGAGGAGAGACAAGGAUUAGCAUUAACACGACAUGGUCAUACUGACCUCGGUUCUAGGCCGCCAGGUAGUCAGGCCAUCAGACUAUCUGGACUGUGUCCUGCCCGGGUUGGCAUGGGGCGGACAGACAGCCGCACAGUAGAUCUGCCUACAGACGCUGUGUCUUCUUCUCGCUGUAUGUGUCUGCUUACGUGUGUGGAUGUGUGUUUGUUUGCGAUAGUCUCUGUUGUUCCUCCCGGAUUCAGGCCAGGUCUCAUUCCAAACGAGCAAAAUUGGUAG